AUGUCAAGCUCCAUGUCCAAGGCUUCUACCUUUUGGCCAGGCCAAUAUUCUGCCAGGCUCGCCAAAGCUCUUGAAGAUGAAGAUAAAGAUGAAGAUGAAGACGGUGCAGAAGAAAACGCUUCACAUGAAGAGUCGAUAGCGGGCCAACCUGAAUCUUCGAAGUCCAUCCCUACUGAGCGUGUGGGUGUUCUGCAUGACAAGGGUGAGCGACAUGGAAGCCGCCGUGGCAAAAAGCCUUUGAACGCACCCGACCGACCGAUGAAAGUGGCUGAUUCAUCACCACGCAGAUUACGCCGGCCUGAAAAUCUUGCAAACAAACGGUCAGUGAAUGUUUUGGUAGAAAUUCCUCUGCUCUGUCCCAUUCUAAUCAAUGAUUUUUAG